AUGCCAGGACCUUACUCUAAUGUAGUAUACUCAGAGCGUGAGGCUAUUAACGCCGUUUGGGUGCUAGUCUCUACAGCUAUGAUUUUCUUUAUGUAGGCAGGAUUUGCCUUGUUAGAAUGUGGUUCAGUUAGAGCCAAGAACUCAACCAGUAUUCUUAUUAAGAACCUAUUUGAUGCAUGCGUGGGAUCAAUCGCAUUUUGGCUUGUUGGGUAUGGUUUUGCCUUUGGGGAUGUAAAGUCAUUCAUUGGAGGUAGUCCAGAUUACUUCGCUUCCUCAGGAUUUGAAAACACACCAGAGGACCAUUAUCUCCUGUGGAUAUUCCACUUUGCCUUUGCCUCAACUUCAGCCACUAUAGUCUCUGGAUCACUCGCUGAAAGGACAUAACUUAACUCAUAUAUUAUGUUCUCAUUCCUCCAAACAGGUUUUAUUUAUCCAGUUGUUGUUGCCUGGACAUGGGGUGGUGGCUGGCUUCAACAAAGAGGCUUCCAUGACUUCGCUGGUGUUACUACUAUUCAUCUUGUUGGUGGAUGUGCAGGAUUCUGCGGAGCAGCAAUUUUAGGAGAGAGGUAUGGAAAAGAAAAAGAUAGAGAAGCAAAACAGAGAGAAGGAGAAAUGAAUAGGAGAUAGAGUGUAAACUUUGAUAACUCACAUCACUAUUAAAAAGUCAUCAAUCAUGUUAAUAAGGACUAUCAUCAAGCAUUUAAGGAAUGGUUAGUAAAUCAAUCUGAUGAAUUCAGACCACACAACCAAACUUAUGUAGUUACUGGAACUCUUAUUUUAUGGGUUGCAUGGCUGUUCUUCAAUGGUGGAAGUACCAACAACUUGUUCGUCCCUAGAGCUAAUGGACCAGCUAAGAUCAUCAUGAACACUGUUAUUUCAGGAUCAGCAGGAGGUGUAGUUGCAGUUUUCGUGAAGGCUCGUCUUCUAGGUACUUAUUCAUUCGUAAAUAGAUAUGAUUGUGGUGCUCUCUGCAAUGGUGCUUUGAUAGGUUUAGUGUCUAUUACUGGUUGCUGUGAUAGAGUUGAGCCAUGGGCUGCUUUCAUUAUAGGGUGUAUUGGAGCCUUAUUCUACGUUGCUGGUUGCAAAAUCUUAGAUAUGUUGCAUGUUGAUGACCCAGUUGAAGCUGCACCAGUACAUUUCUUUGGAGGAGUUUGGGGCACACUUGCCACUGGAUUCUUUGAUAAUCAGAACGGAUUAUUUUACGAUUCUCCAACCAAAGGUCAAUAUUUCGGCUAUCAAAUACUUGCCAUCGUUUGUGUUAUUGCUUGGGUAGGAACAACUAGUUCAUUGUUCUUUUACACAAUGAAAAGACUUGGAUUAUUGAGAAUUGACAAAGCAAUUGAAAUCAUUGGUCUUGAUAUUGCUGAGAUGGGUGGAGUAGGAGAAGAAAUCUAUGAAAAGAUGAGAAGAGAUUUCGGAUCCUCAAUAGCUUCACCAAGAUCUAUGACUAGACCAAAUAUCAACACUGCUGAGAAUGUCUCUAAAGUUCAAUCAGAUGAUAUUUGA